AUGCCAUCAAACGACGCAGAUGAUUCAAGGGUUGCCAGUAUCAUCGUCUGUAACACGGUGGUGCUGGCCCUCGCCUCGAUUGGCGCCUGCGGCCGUGUCACAGCCCAGAUCUACAUGGGCCGCUUUGAUCCCGACGAUGGUAUUCGCGUUUGUGCUAUGCUUUACAGCCAUGUGGAGUAUGUCGAUGCUCUCGUCAAGCUCGUUUCUGACAUUCUCGCAGUGACUCGUUAUGGCUACGGAAGACACUUUGAGCUCAUCCAAGAUGACACAGAGACAGUGGCUACGUUUCUCAAGCUCAACUUUGUCACCGCAAUUGCGUAUCUCAUCUCCUUAACCACGAUCAAAAUAUCAUUCUGUCUCCUGUACCUCAAGGUGUUCUCAGUAACCCAUCUCCGGUGCGUAUACUACCUGCUCAUUGGGUUCGUGAUAUGCGAAUUCAUAGAGGAAUUGUUCGUUUUUAUAUUCCAAUGUUCGCCGGUCAACAAGUAUUUUUACCCGGCGACGAUUCCGGGAGUCUGCAGAGACCUUUACGUUUUCUAUUAUGUCUCUUUCGCAAUCAAGCUGGUUACCGACAUAGUCCUGUUUCUGUUGCCUAUCCCACAGUUGUUGAAGCUUCACGCCCCUAUCGGCGUCAAGACAGGUCUGAUUGUCAUGUUUGGGUUGGGGUUAUUGUGA